CGUAGCGAGACGAUUGUCUGUUCCAGCCGGGCCACUGUGAUGCUUUACGAUGACAGCAACAAGCGAUGGCUUCCAGCCGGCACGGGGCCCCAGGCCUUCAGCCGUGUCCAGAUCUACCACAACCCCGUGGCCAAUUCCUUCCGCGUCGUGGGCCGCAAGUUGCAGCCUGACCAGCAGGUGGUCAUCAACUGUGCCAUCGUCCGGGGCAUCAAGUAUAAUCAGGCCACCCCCAACUUCCACCAGUGGCGUGACGCCCGCCAGGUCUGGGGCCUCAACUUCAGCAGCAAAGAGGAUGCAGCGCAAUUUGCCGCAGGCAUGGCUAGCGCCCUAGAAGCUUUGGAAGGAGGUGGGCCUCCCAUGCCUCCAGCACCUCCCGCAUGGUCCGCUCAGAAUGGGCCCUCCCCGGAGGAGGCAGAACAGCAGAAAAGGCAGCCCAGCCAGCCAGACCACCUGGAGCGCCGAGUCUCCAAUGCAGGAGGCCCACCUGCUCCCCCAGCUGGGGGUCCGCCUCCGCCUCCAGGACCGCCCCCUCCGCCGGGGCCCCCUCCACCCCCCGGUCUGCCCCCGUCGGGGGCCUCGGCUGCAGCUGCGGGACAUGGGGCGGGAGGAGCCCCGCCCCCUGCACCCCCUCUCCCGGUAGCACAGGGCCCCAGCGGGGGGGGCGCCGGGGCCCCGGGCUUGGCGGCAGCCAUCGCUGGAGCUAAACUCAGGAAAGUCAGCAAGGUGAGGGGUCGGUGUGGGGUGACUGGGACCCUGACGGGAUCUGGCGGCGGCGGCGGCGGGGGCCUCAUGGAAGAAAUGAACGCCAUGCUGGCCCGGAGAAGGAAAGCCACGCAGGUUGGAGAGAAACCCCCCAAGGACGAAUCUGCCAAUCAGGAGGAGCCAGAGGCCAGAGUCCCGGCCCAGAGUGAAUCUGUGCGGCGACCCUGGGAGAAGAAUAGCACAACCUUGCCAAGGAUGAAGUCGUCGUCUUCGGUGACUACUUGCGAGCCGCAUCCCUGUACGUCCAGCUCCAGUGAUGACUCAGACCUGGAGAGGGUGAAACAGGAGCUUCUGGAAGAGGUGAGAAAGGAAUUGCAGAAGGUGAAGGAGGAAAUCAUUGAAGCCUUUGUCCAGGAGCUGAGGAAGCGGGGCUCUCCCUGACCACAAGGAAGGACCCCCAGAAGACCCGUCUCCCCUCUGCACACCCCGCCUGUCACCCUGCUUUCCCUGCCUCGACUUGACUUGGAAUUGGCUAAGACUACACAGGAAUGCAUUCCCCACUCCCCAUCCCACUUGGAGAGUUCCAAGGGGUGUGGCUUCCCUGGGGCCCCGCCCACACCCAUACUGGCUGCUGAUUGGCUGGGGAGGCCCCGCCCCUUCCUCCCUGUGGUCCUUCCCCUCUGCCAUCCCCUUGGGGCUGGUUCCUCUGCUGGGGAUGCGUCGUUAACCCCACAGUGCGGGGAAGGAGGGAGGGAAUUUCACAUUCCCUUGUUCUAGAUUCACUUUAACGCUUAAUGCCUUCGAAUUUUUUUUUUAAGAAGAAAAAAUAUAUAUAUAUUUGGGUUUUGGGGGGAAAGGGAAAUUUUUUUUCUCUUUGGUUUUGAUAAAACGGGGUGUGGGAAUUUUUAAAUGUUAUCGCCCCAGGCUUGCCCCAUUUGGGGCAGCUAAUUAAGGGGAGGGGUGUCCCACCAGACUGAGGGUACCUCCCCAGCCCCAGGGACUCCCCUUCCCUCUGGCUCCUUCCCCUUUUCUAUGAGGAAUUAAGAUGCUGUAAUUUUUUGGAACCUCAGUUCUUUUUGGUUUUUUAUUUGGGUAGGUUUUGGGGUCCAGGCCAUUUUUUUACCCCCUAGAGAAAAUAAUAAGAUAAGGGAGAAAGGAAAAGGGGAGAAAACCUCCCCUCUCCCGCCUUCGCCUUGUAGCUUCUCGAAAAUGGGCUCCUGCGGAAUAAAUCUGCCAGUUUUUAUAAACGCUAA